UUGGAUGAGAAUGAUAUUGCUGUUCUGAAACGCUACGGACAAGGAGCUUAUGCGGAACAAUUAAAACAGCUUGAACUCGAUAUCGAAGAAUGUGUGAAAAAAGUGAAUGAGUUAUCUGGCGUGAAGGAAAGCGACACUGGGCUAGCACCACCGGCACUGUGGGAUAUAGCUGCUGAUAAACAAGCAAUGCAAAGUGAGCAACCAUUGCAGGUUGCAAGAUGCACAAAAAUUAUAACAUCCGAGGGUCACGAGCCGAGAUAUCUGAUCAAUGUAAAGCAGUUUGCGAAAUUUGUAGUGGAUCUUGCGGACACGGUUGCGCCAACCGAUAUUGAAGAGGGCAUGCGCGUUGGUGUGGACCGAAACAAAUAUCAGAUUCACUUACCACUGCCGGCAAAGAUUGACCCAUCAGUCACAAUGAUGCAGGUGGAAGAAAAACCGGAUGUUACGUAUGCUGAUGUUGGCGGAUGCAAGGAACAAAUCGAAAAAUUGAGGGAAGUGGUGGAAACACCGCUGCUGCAUGCUUGUUUGAUAUUCUUCGAUGAAAUAGACGCAGUAGGUGGUGCUCGAUUCGAUGACGGAAUGGGUGGCGAUAAUGAGGUGCAGCGAACGAUGCUCGAACUUAUCAAUCAGCUUGAUGGCUUCGAUCCUCGUGGCAAUAUCAAAGUUCUGAUGGCAACCAAUCGGCCGGAUACCCUCGAUCCUGCACUGGUACGGCCCGGUCGUCUGGAUCGAAAAGUGGAAUUUGCUUUACCGGAUUUAGCAGGCCGUACACAUAUCCUCAAAAUUCAUGCAAAACAGAUGAGUGUGGAGCGAGAUAUUCGUUAUGAUUUAUUGGCACGUCUUUGCCCGAAUAGUACCGGUGCUGAAAUUAGGAGCGUUUGUACGGAGGCGGGUAUGUUUGCGAUCCGUGCAAGAAGAAAACUAGCAACCGAAAAAGAUUUCCUGGAGGCAGUCAACAAAGUGAUCAAGGGUUAUGCAAAAUUCAGUGCAACACCACGUUAUCUCACCCAUAAUUAGAA